AUGAAGUAUUUUCAAAUCUGGAAAUCAGGCAAACAAGUAAGCUACGCUGUUACAUUCACUUGUGAAUUGGCAUUUAUUCUUUUUGGUAUUGAACAGGGUAUUAUUGGUAAUCUUAUUAACAACCAGGACUUCCUAAACACUUUUGGAAACCCCACCGGUAGUUAUUUAGGUAUUAUCGUUUCUAUCUAUACCUUAGGGUGUUUUUUUGGUUGUGUUAUGAACUUCUUCAUUGGUGAUCGAAUGGGCAGAAGAAGCAAAAUUGCUUCCUCAAUGACAGUUAUCACAAUUGGUGUUGCUCUUCAAUGUAGUUCCUUUUCAGUUGAACAAUUGAUGAUUGGAAGAUUUAUCACUGGGCUUGGAACUGGUUGGGAAACUUCUACUUGUCCAAUGUAUCAGGCAGAACUUUCACCUCCAAAAGUUAGAGGACGUUUGGUGUGCUCAGAAGCAUUGUUUGUUGGAGUUGGUUUAAUCUAUGCAUAUUGGUUUGAUUAUGCUCUUUCUUUCACUUCUGGUCCUAUUGCAUGGAGACUUCCUCUUGCCUCUCAGAUUGUGUUCGCCUUUGUUGUUUUCUGUUUCACUUUCACAAUACCCGAAUCCCCUAGAUACAUGUUUUACAAAGGAGAGAAAGAAGAAGCCAAAAGAAUUUUAUCUUAUGUCUUUGGAAAGCCAGGAGAUCAUCCUGACAUUCUUAAGGAAUGGAAUGAUAUUAAUGAUGCUGUUAUUUUGGAAACUUCAGAAGGAGCUUUCUCGUGGGCAAAACUUUUCAAGCCCGAUAAGGCAAGAACUGGAUACAGAGUCUUCUUGGCAUACAUGAGCAUGUUUGCGCAACAGUUGAGUGGUGUUAAUGUAGUUAAUUACUAUAUUACAUUUGUUUUGAUUAACAGUGUUGGCAUCGAAGACAACUUGGCCCUAAUUCUUGGUGGUGUUGCCGUCAUCUGUUUCACUGUUGGUUCAUUAGUUCCUACUUUCUUUGCUGAUAGGAUGGGAAGAAGAUUGCCUUCAGCAGUUGGAGCUUUUGGCUGUGGUGUUUGUAUGAUGCUAAUUUCAAUCUUAUUAAGUUUUCAAGACAAUCCAAAGUUGAAGAAGAGCAGUGGAGCUGGUGCUGUGGCUUUCUUUUUCGUUUUCCAACUUGUCUUCGGCUCCACUGGUAAUUGUAUUCCAUGGCUGAUGAUUUCAGAGCUUAUCCCCCUUCAUGCACGUGCUAAAGGAUCUUCAUUAGCUACAUCAAGUAACUGGCUUUGGAAUUUCUUUGUUGUUGAGAUCACUCCAACUAUCAUUGAAAAGUUGAAGUGGAAAGCAUAUUUGAUCUUUAUGUGCUGCAACUUCUCCUUCGUACCAAUGUUUUACUUUUUCUUUCCCGAGACAAAGAACCUUACUUUAGAAGCCAUUGACGAUUUGUUCUCA